UGCAUGUGACAAAUCAAAUUUGAUUUGAAAAUGUGUUAUUUUACAUCUUCACAGACACUGAGAAAUAUUGAAAUUUAUUUGAAAUGUCAUCGAUUACAAAUGACAUGACCUUCCCCUGGACGGGAUUAAAAAAAAUACUAAACCCUCCCCUUGACUGAAAUUGAAAAAGCAUUAUGUAAAUUUCGAUCCAUCCCUUAUUGAAAUGCAUUAUCUUUCUCUUCACUAUGAAACAGGCCAUCAUGGAGCUCCAGUCAGAGAAGCACUUGAAGACCAUUGAUGAGGAGGCGGCGUUACAGCUGGACCACAAUGACAAGUCUCUGUUCGUCUUCAGUAACUUCUCCACCCCAGCCUUCCACCACUGUAAAAAGCUGGGCUGUCGAGUGGUGAGUACACUAGUGGUGCACUUCUGCCUGCAGCACCAGCGCUGUGUGCCCAAAGCAGAGCAACCCGUCUACAACAUGGCCAUGGCUGAUAUCACUAUCUCCUGCACCAGUCUGGACAAGGAGGCUAGGGUGAUGGGAGGGAGGGUCUACUGGGACCUCAACGUGUCCGUCACUCACCUGGUCGCCGGGGAGGUUGGCAGCAAGAAGUACCUGGUGGCCGGCAGCCUGGGUAAGCCCAUCGUACCGCCCACCUGGGUCAGAACCUGCUGGGAGAAAUCACAGGACAGGUGGUGUGGUGCUGGACAAGCAGUGCUUUGACCCCAGCUGCUCCCACAUCAUUGAGAAGGAAUGAGAAGUACCUGGCAGCCAUGGCCGUGGGGAAGUGGAUCCUGCACCGCUCCUACCUGGAGGCCUGUCGCUCCGUGGGACACUUCAUCCAGGUCACGAUCUGGCCGUUAGUGCAUCAGACCACAACAUGCCAAUAUUUCUUCCACAUGCUUCUAGGCCCAGCUUGUUUUAUUAAACCUUAAUUUAACCAGGAAGUCCCGAUGAGAUCAGAAGACAUAUUUCACAAGGGAGACCUGGCCAAGAAGGACAACUCAGUAAAAAAACAUUUGGUUUAUAUAUCUUGACUGUGUGUUCUUUUGACCAUGCUGGACAUUUAUGAACAUUAUAACAGAACAUGGCCAAGAUGUUCAAAUCUCCACCCGGCACAGCCAGAAGAGGACCGACCACCCCUCAUAGCCU